AUGAAUAAUGGUGGAUGUGAUAAAAAUGCAAUGUGCUCACAUGAUACAAACAAUGCAAUUGUAUGUACUUGUAUGACUGGUUAUACGAAUACAGGCACUGAUUCGCACGUUGUCUGUGAAGAUACUUGUACAAUAGAUAAUGGUGGCUGUGAUGAUCAUGCAAUUUGUUCACAUGAAUCUAAAACUAAUGCAAUUAAAUGUGAAUGCAAACAAGGAUAUACAAAUACAGGCACUGCCUCUAAUGUCGUUUGUACAGAUACUUGUGAAGUGAAAAAUGGUGGAUGUGAUGAUAAUGCAAUGUGUUCCCAUGAUGCAACAACACAUGCAGUUAAAUGUGAAUGCAAACAAGGAUACACAAAUACUGGUUGCUCCUCUAAUGUCGUUUGUACAGACAGCUGUCACGUGAAGAAUGGUGGAUGUGAAAUAAAUGCAAUAUGUUCACAUGAUUCGGAAACAUAUGCAGUCACAUGUACUUGUAAGACUGGCUAUACAAAUACAGCCGCUGACUCCAGUGUAAUUUGCACAGAUACUUGUCAAGUAAAUAAUGGUGGUUGUGAUACAAAUGCAGUUUGUUCACAUAAUGGAAAAACUAAUGCAGUUCAAUGUACUUGUAAAGCUGGUUACAAAAAUACAGGCUCUGGUUCUACAGUCGUUUGCACAGAUAUCUGUCAAGUGAACAAUGGUGGAUGUGAUGUUAAUGCAAAAUGUUCACGAGAUACAGCAACAAAUGUAGCUGUAUGUACUUGUAAACCAGGUUUUGUCAAUACUGGUUCUGCCACCAAUGUUGUGUGCACAGCUCAUUGCAAGGUCAAUAAUGGUGGUUGUGAUGCAAAUGCGGUUUGUGCAAAUGAUAAGGAAAAUACAGAUAAUACCAUAUGUACUUGCAAGCCUGGUUUUACAAACACUGGUUCUAUUCGCAAUGCCACUUGUACAGAUAGCUGUAAAGUAAAAAAUGGAGGUUGUGAUGCUAAUGCUAAAUGCUCACAUGAUUCAAAAACGAAUGCAGUUAAAUGUACUUGCAACACUGGAUAUACAAAUACAGGUGCCGGUUCUAAUGUUACCUGCACAGACAGUUGCAAAGUGAAAAAUGGUGGAUGCGAUAUUAAUGCAAUCUGUUCGCAUAAUAAAAAAACAAAUUUACCUGAAUGUACGUGCAAAACUGGAUAUACAAAUACUGGUUGCUCCUCUAAUGUCAUUUGUACAGAUAGCUGUAAAGUGAAAAAUGGUGGAUGUGGCUCAAAUACAGUUUGUACACAUGACAUGACAACAUAUGCAGUCAAAUGCACUUGCAAUACUGGAUACGUCAAUACUGGUACUAAUUCAAGUGUCGUAUGCAAAGAUGUUUGUACAGUAAAUAAUGGCGGAUGUGGUGCUAAUGCAAUCUGUUCGCGUAGUUCAUCAACAGGUGCAGUCAAGUGUACUUAUGAAUGUGAAGUGGAUAAUGGUGGCUGCCCUUACAAUUCAGUUUGUUCACAUGAUGCUAAAACAUUUGCAACAAUAUGUAGUUGCAAAGUUGGAACCACAAAUACUGGCGCUAAAAAUAAACUUGUUUGUACAGAUAGCUGUGAAGUGAAGAAUGGCGGAUGUGAUGCUAAUUCAAUGUGUUCCCAUGAUACAGCAACAAAUGCAGUUAAAUGUACUUGUAAGACAGGCUACACAAAUACAGGUUCAAAUGGUCAUGUAACUUGUACUUUGACUGCCGGUCGUUGUGCAGCGAAUGUAAACCCAAAACAUGUCAAUGCAACUAGUAAGACGUUUCAAAAAGGUACUUGUCCUAAAUCUUCGAAUGGUUGUCGUUAUGGUUGGCAUUUCAGUACACCCGAUAUAUCAACACUUUUUGUCUCCAUCGAGUGCCAAUUUAAGAUAGCUGGCCGUGUGACAAGAAUGAUUCAAACACCAAGCACACAACAUGCCUAUGUAUACACGUCAAGUCAAGAUACUCUUCUGAGUGCAACAGCCGUAAUAAAUGGUGCAACAAAGUCGUUUUCUUUACUACAUGUUUGCGGUGAUUAA